AUGCCUCGCCGUACUUCCUCAUCGGGAAACUUCGCCCGGAAGCUCCAGCCAGCCAAACGCGCCCUCCGCCGGCUGGCCCACAAGCUCCGAUCCGACAUCCCCCGGGCGAUCCGGUUCGUUCGAAACGGCACGAAACGGGUCGUCACCUACUGUUCCACCCACCUCCUCCUCCGCAACAACAACAACAUCAAUCGCUCCUCCUCCCUACAGAUCGUCGCCAAAACGCCGUCGUACCGUAGCCACAACCACCACAGCUACAUCUCCGACUACUACAGCAGCAGCCGGAACCUCCUCCGCAAGAGCUUCUCCGCCAUCUUCAUCGACCAGCUCUACGCCGCCGACGACGGUCCACCACCACCCGCCGCCGCCUCCACCUCCGACGAGCAUUAUUCAAUCUCCAAGCCAGCCUCGGCUGCCGCGGCGGCCGAGACGACGACGGAUCGGGUGGAGAUAGCGUCGGUGAGGGGUAAGGAAGUGGCGGUUAGUAAUAGUAAUGAGAAAAGGCCGCCGUUGCCGAGGAGUAGUUGUAGGGAAGGGGCGGCGGUGAGAACGGCGUCGUCUUUGGUACAGAGGAGGAAAAGGGAGGCGUUGGUGAUUAUGGAGGAGGUGGGUGGUAAUAAAAAUAACAAUGGUGAUGAGAAUGGUAAUAAUAAUCCGAUGGAGACGCUGGAGGAUGCGUGGCGGGAAGUGGUGGCGAGGUCGCCGCAGCUGCAGCCGGUGGACGUGAGGGCGGAGGAGUUCAUCCACAAUUUCAGGGCGGAUAUGAAGAUCCAGAAGGCCAGGUCGGUUCUUGAGAAACAGAGCCUCUUGCCCAGGCGUUGCUGA